GACCGGUGACUUGUCCUUCCACUGGCAUGCUCAAUAAUUAGCAAAAGGUUAUUAGCUGCAAAUGUUGUCAAUGCCGCUUUGACCGAGUCCGAGUUCAAUUUCAAAUUGUUCUCCGAGGCGGUGACCCCAAACGAAGUAGUAACAGCAACUGUAGAGGGAAGCCCACCUCCUUUUCACAUCGUCUUUUCCAACUCGCAAGUUGGUGCAUUAGUGACUGUCACUCCGAUGGCCAGCUACGUUCCCAUAUCAGAUGAGCCAGAUCUGGCAGGAUACAUUUUCACCGUGCCAUCGUUAAGCGUCACUGAGAACGUUGUAUACAUUGAAUAUGUCUCAAGUGAAACCACUUCAUCUUUAGUUGAUACCCUUCCAUUUGCUAUUGUUCCAGUUGCAGUUCCUGCAACAACUAGCAGCCUAAUAAUACUACCUACAAGUCCCCCAAGUCAAAGCGGGCUCAGCAGUUUGGAGUCAUUUACCACUGGAAUUACUAUAGUCCCCACAAUUACUAUUACAGGGACAGGGACUCCCGAGUCGUCUACAUCAAUAGGAUUACCGACUUUGACACCCUCGCUUUCUGCAGAAGCACCCAAUAAAUCCAAGAUACCAGCCAUUAUAGGUGGUAUAAUUGGAUCGCUUCUCUGUAUCACAAUAGCUAUUCUCUCCUGGACUUUGUACCACCGGCGCCGGCGCGCCCGCCAUAGAGGUUAUCAACGACGAUUUAAUCGAUCAUCACGGCUAACAUUAUUCAACACGGGUAUGAUGGCGGAAACGGGAUCUAUGGAGAUUCCUUCCGAAUCUGACCCCUCCGAAGUUAUUGUUCAACCUAAUGCUACAGUUUCUCGGACGACCGGCUCUGUAGGGUCUUCCAAGAAUUCGGAUAUGGAUGGUUUUAACGAGAAGGGUCCCACAUUAGAAGGAUUGUCGCCGCAAGCCAUUAUCGCGAGAGCUCUGAUCGAAUAUCGGGGUGAUGUGGAUGAUGAUGGCAGAAGUACCCUAGCGAGCACAACACGGAUGUUCCCCUCCACGUCAAGUUCGAGCUACAAAGAAGGAUCAGGAGAAGACCAAUCUAUCAAUAGCCAAGAAUCUGACAAUUCAUUUAUGUAUCAUAUUUCAAAGUGGGCACUAGGAAUGACGAACCGGGUGCCCAAGUGAAAGGAGUUUCUUUUGUAGGGUCUAUGUUCUGUUAUUUAUCUUCAAAGGACCGUUUGUGCGGGAAAUAGACGGACCGUAGAAGCUUGUACCAUUGUUUUGCAACGAAGUAUAAUAGAGCAAAAGAAGCUUGAGAUCCUAUUUGAAAUGUUAAGGGGAGGGAGAAUGUUAGAAAGAAUGCGCCAGAGCAACUGAAUUGCAAUUGCUGUGACUCCCUUGCACGGGCUUCAUGAUGAUCACCGUUGUCGUGGCCCAACUACGUUCAAUAGUGUAUGAAAACCAUGUUCCUCCUAUGAUCUUGUUCCUUAGUCAAGUCACUCGAUGACAGGAUGUAAUCAAACAUGAAAUAUA